CCCAAUCUGGAAAUGGAGCCUGGUGCCCUAGCCCUUGUGGCUGGCCUUCCUGGUGCCUCUUGGCCAAUAGGCUGCAGCGGGAGUGACGCCCUGCCUGGUGAGUCCCAGUCCCACACCGGCCAGGACUUCAGUUACAGCAUCCAGCCCCAGGAGCCCACACCUGUGCCCACCACUGUAGCUGCCUACCAGAUGCAGCUCCCACCUCCCCUGGAAACCCCCCAGCAGCAGCCCUCCCUGCUGCCAGUGCCCCCCAUGGGCUCAGCACCGCGGAGCAGCUCAGGAGGCAGCCCCAGGGCCCACUCUGCUGGCAGCUUCCCUACGAAGCCCCCAUUCCCUCAGCAGCCCCAGCUUCACUACUGCGACAUCUUCAAGAUCAGCUGUGCAGGUCCCCAGGAAUCUGGCCCAGUAGCACUGCGACCUGCGCACUGUGUCCUGCACCGGGGCCAACACCUACAUGGCCCACAGCCAGGGCCCCGAUCACCAGAAGGGUCCCCUGAGUCACUGGCAGCAGGCAGCAGACCCCAGGAGAGGAACCUGGCACAAGCCAAAUCGGAGGGGCCCAGAGAGCCACCCACCUGGGGAAGCUCGGAGGAAGCGUCCAGGGACUGCUGUGACGUGCAGCCAGUGGACCCAGACUACAAGGGAGGAGGUGUGCAACGACGAAGGGAAAGUGAUUUGGUUCCACUGCAAGCUGUGCAAGUGCAGUUUCAACGACCCAGCGCCAGGGACAUGCACGUGAAGGUGCGGCGGCACCGGCUGCAGUACAAGAAAAAAGUGAACCCCAGCUUCCCCAUCACCAUCAGGCACAGCAACAGGGUCCAGAAGCUCCUGGAGGAGCGGCUGAGAAGCGGAGGCUCCUGGCCAAGAAGCCGCUGGAGGAGAUGCGGCGCUGGCACACGGAGAUGAGGUGCCACCGCCACGGCCAGCCUCGCGGUCCACCUCCCCCGGUCACUACCCCUCCCCCUGCUCCUGGUAGGUGGCAGGACGUUCCCUUACUCUCGGUUCCUCACUGGAAGGGCCCGGCUACUACUUGCAGGAAUGAGGAGCUCACAGGCUUGCACCCCGACUCCCAAGUGCACUCAGGGUGUGGGGACCUUGACAGGGAGGCAGCAGAUCCACCAUCUUCUGUGGCCAGGCGCGGCUUGGGACCAAACCUUCACCUCCACCCACAUUGGGGGGCCUGCUUGGUGGCUUCCAGGCAUGGGGAUGGGGCUGUUAACCAUGCAUGUGAUGAGCAGCCCAUGCCAUCCGGGUUGUUGGAGAGAGAGAGGGUUUUAGUGCUGAGCUCAGCAUCACCAUUACUGCCACAGUGACAUGAUAAAGGUAGAGACGGAAGGCACUCCCUGCCCAUUCACAGGGACACUGGCUACUACAGAGGCACCUGGUGUCCACUGUGCCCCAAACCCCCAUGACAAAACCAGCUCACCCUC